AUGGAAAACAUAUUUGAAGUCCUUAAAACACAAGCAUCACUGGAGAAGACACUUAAUCAGAGGUUGGAUGAGUUUGAGGCGAGGCUAGAGGGGUCAUCAAAGGACUUAAGCCUGAAGGACGUAAGUUCUGACUACAUCAACUUCAAGGAUUUUGUUUAUUCAACAUUUACAUUACUGCGGCAGCAAAUUAACGAUCUAAUUGUUAAUGUGUAUGCCGUUGAAAGUAGACACAGAAAGAAGUUUGUGCUGCUAGGAGGAGUGGUCGAGAAUACCAAUGAGAAUGUCCGCGAAUUGGUAGCUUCAGUCAUCACAAAGAAUCUUGGUAUCAAAAAUUGUUCUAGUCAGUCGCUGCAGGAAAAACUCGCGGAACAAGAAAUGGCCCUGGAAAAAAUUGAGAGACAGCUGCGUAAGAAAAUUUUGGUGUUGUUCGGAGUUGAGGAAAAAAAGGGUUCAUAUUUUGAUCUGGUAGAUAUCGUUUUGGAAAUAAUAAAAGAGUUUAUGUAA